AGAGGCCGCCUCCCUCCUCUGCCUCAUUGGUAUGCAGGCGGUGCAGUGUGUGUAUGAGGAGAGAGAUGGGAGAGAGAGAGGGAAGUAGCAGUCAGUGCAAUGGGAUAGAGGAGAGCAAGAAGGAGGAGGAGAGUGAAUGAGAGCUGCUGGAUUUGCCUUGCCUGCGUGCCUGCCUGCCCGCCGUCUGCUGAAGCUGGGUUUACCACCGCGCCACGCUGUACUGACACAGAGCAGAGUCACGGCCCGUUUGCACCACCAACGUGCACUCAGCACCGGUUAUCACCCCGGCGACGCCACAAGAGAGAAAAACCAGGGACCAUUAACAGCGGGAGGGGGGGGGGACACGGCAGUAACAAAACGGCCUGACGCUACUAUUUAGGCACCAGCGGCUACCUAACCGUAUCCCCCUCCACCUUCUCCCAUCCUUACCAACCAGACCACCAUUCCUCUCUUGCUCCUCCCUAUGCCCUUGUCCUCGGCAGUUCCUCUCACCUCCCUGGCCAGUAUAUGGAUAGAAGCUCCCUGUUUCAGCUCAUACAAGAGCAGCUGGACCCAGAGAACACCGGUUUCAUUGCAGUGGAGAACUUUACCAGUUUGGUGGAGCACCAUGAGCUGCAGCUGGACCCAUCCAAGCUGGACAUGUUGUUAGCCCUCGUCCAGAGCAAUGAAGAAGGACAGGUGUGCUACCAGGAGCUCAUCGAGCUGAUGAGCAGCAAACGCUCCAGCAGUUUCCGACGAGCCAUCGCCAAUGGCCGCCGCACACUGCAGAGAGAGAUCCUUCUGGAUGAGACGGGGUUGGGUCUUUAUAAACGUUUUGUCCGUUAUGUGGCCUACGAGAUCCUGCCCUGCGAGACGGACCGGCGCUGGUAUUUCCACCAAAACCGCCUGUGUCCCCCGCCCGUCUUCAUCGCCAUUGUCACCAUCGUCCAGAUUAUUGUCUUCAUGUGCUACGGCAUCAUGCUAAACAAGUGGGUCCUGCAGACCUAUCAGCCUGACUUCAUGAAGAGCCCCCUGGUCUACCACCCCAGUCACCGUGCACAAGUGUGGCGUUUCUUCAGCUACAUGUUCAUGCACGUCGGUUUGGAGCAGCUGGGAUUCAACGCUUUACUGCAGCUGAUGAUCGGCGUUCCUUUAGAGAUGGUCCAUGGCAUCUUACGAAUAAGUCUGCUUUACAUGGCAGGGGUGCUGGCCGGCUCGCUGACGGUGUCCAUCACCGACAUGCGUGCUCCCGUGGUGGGGGGCUCCGGGGGGGUCUACGCUCUGUGCUCGGCGCAUCUGGCCAAUGUCGUCAUGAACUGGGCCGGGAUGCGCUGUCCAUACAAGCUGCUCCGCAUGAUCCUGGCGCUCGUUUGCAUGAGUUCAGAGGUGGGUCGUGCAGUCUGGCUCCGUUUCUCACCGCCAUUGCCCUCCUCCGGACCACAACCCAGCUUCAUGGCACACCUGUCGGGGGCCGUGGUGGGUAUCAGCAUGGGGCUACUGAUCCUGCGCAGCUACGAGGAGAGUCUGCAGAAGCAGUGCUCCUGGUGGGUCAUCGUCUUCUCCUUCAUCACCUUCCUCCUCUUCGCCAUCUUUUGGAACAUCUUUGCGUAUGAGCUCCUGGGGGUACAGAUACCACCUCCCCCCUGAUGAUGGCCCCCUCCCACAGUCAUAUAAACACUGACUUCAGAGGUUCCCCUUUGACCAUAGUUAACUUUGCAUUUCCUCUCAAGUUCGACCCAAAUGAAAUCGGUUAAACUAAAAAUUGACCAAGAAUCCUUUUUACAGAUACUUUGCAAAUCAAAGAAAUAUGUCUCUUUUAUUAAAGAGGGAUUACAGUAGCAAGAAGUACAGGUGAAAGUUCCUCAGAUCCAUUUUGAGGAGCCUAAUUUCUUUUUUUAUAUAAAUAUAUACGUUAAAGCUCAUCUACAUUACCAGCACUAACCUUUCAAGGAGCAUUUAACCAUUAUGCUCUUUUACUAUCAGAGGCUUUUUUUGAAAAGCGUUUUCGUCACUUAUUUCUUUGAGUGCAUCUUUCAUUCAUGUAAAAACCAAAUUAGAAGAAUCUGAGCUCGUGACAUAUGUGCCUGGGGUGGAAAGGAAGAUGACCUAAAAAAGGAUGAGAGGUGAGAGAUCAAGAUCAGCUGCAACGAUGGCACUUUAAGCCAAUAGGGUGUCGGUGUUUUGUUUUGUUUUUUUUCUCUUAAAGCCACCUGAAUCUGUGCCACAAAUCAGACCGACCUGAGAAGAUUUUAGGAGAAAUUUUAGGAAAUGCUUGCUUAUUUUUGUCAAGGCAGCAAUAAAAACAACACAAAAGCAGUUCAAUACAAGCGUUGAGGUGACGGUUUUGGUUUAAUUUUUAACUGAGAAAUUUCACAACUAGCAGAACUUUUCCUUCAAUUUGAGCUGCUGUGUAGGCUCUCCGGGGCAUACAAAGACACCAGUUAAGUGAUAAAAGAAAUUAGUUAUAGCAAGAAGGAAGGAAGGAAGGAAGGAAGGAAGAGGUUUUAGAUUCAUGAUUCAUGUGGAUCUUUUAACUUCUGUCGUUUUUAAGGUUAGAAACAUUUCUGUCGUUUCCACUUCAUGGAGUCCCAAAACAUAUGAGGACAUCACUAUUUCUGUAUCAUUUCCUUGAUAACGUACCUACACUGUGGAUACAAAAACACACAAUAAAAACAACACGUGAAGAUGGGACGUUAAAGUGACCGUGUGACAGGAAGGGAAAGAAAAAGAUGAGAAAAUGAGAGCUGAAGUUUCCUGGAUGGUCAUCACUUCGGCAAACGUACUCAGACUUCAACCACCAACUUGCUAAGCGCACCAUGUAAAAUAUGCCAUGUCAUGCUCUGUGGCUCUCAGCGAGACAAAGACACACACACACACACACACACACACACACACACACACACACACACACCCCCCUCCUCUUUGUCUUUGAGAGUAGCUGCGGCCUGAUUCUGCAGGUCACUGUGGGCAAGCUGAGGAGAAAAACACCUUAAACACACACUGACACCACACACAAACACACACACUGGCCUCUGCUUGUUCUUCGCUGACAGACUGAACUGGGGAGGGCACGGAUGUGUCAUCACCUGACCUCUGACCUUUGUUUCCCAGAGGGCAUUGGGGUCUCUACGUCAGGCCCAGUCGAUACCUCAGUUUCUCAUUCUUAGGGACUGUAUACAUUUGUAAAGGAAUGUACCUAUAAAGAAAAAAAAGUGUUA